AUGCCAAUGAAUGGAUUGACCGACGGUGUACAGCGGAGACGCCGUCUCGCCGAGAACCAGCUACAGCCACAUGUAACCACAUUGACGGCAAAGCUGAUAAGACAGGGUAACAUUAUCUUGCCACAACAACCCCUGCAGUCUCCACUGAUUGGUGGUGUGGUUCAGGCUAACUUCUCUCAAGUCGAAAGUCUCUCCGCACCGGGUAGUUGUGGAGCAAUAUGGGUCGUGUGCUUAAUUUCCCGAGGUCUUUCCGCCCAGCUCACUAGCUGGUAUACUUGA